AUGGGAUCUCUGAGGGCUCUCCAGGAGUGGUGUCGUCUACAGUGUGAAAAUUAUCAAGAUGUGGAAAUCAAGGACAUGUCGACGUCCUUUCGGGACGGCUUGGCGUUCUGUGCCAUCAUACAUCGCUACAGGCCAGAGUUGAUAGACUUUGGCUCACUAUCUAAAGAUGACAUCUAUGAGAACAACCGACUGGCCUUUGAAGUGGCAGAGGCACAGCUAGGGAUACCUGCGCUGUUGGACCCAGAAGACAUGGUGUCCAUGAAGGUUCCUGACAGGCUUAGCAUCAUAACUUAUGUCUCCCAGUACUACAACUUCUUCAAUAACAAAACUCAAGCAAACAUUCCCUGCAUGAAGAGGCUAGGAUCUGUUUGUCAUAAUGAGCCAGCCCAGAAAAGGCCUCCCACACCAUUGGAGGAGAAAGAGGUGGAGACAGAGCCUAGCCAGAACAAGAUGACGGGGCUGGAAGUGUCCCAGCGCGGCACACUCAGCAGCAUCUGCACCGCCUGUCAGCAGCAUGUCCAUCUGGUUCAGCGGUUUUUGGUGGACGGCAAGCUGUACCAUCGAAAUUGCUUCAGGUGCACUGAGUGUCAUAGCACUUUGCUACCCGGAUCUUACAAACUAGGAAGCGAUUCUGGGACUUUGGUCUGCACUCACCACAUUACAAGGCAAGCGUCAGCAAACCUGAAUGGCCGGCCAGAUCUUAGCAAGAGACCCAUCGUAGUCCAGUCGGUGAGGAUUGGUCGCAGCAUGGCCCCCCACACCUCAGCCACUGAAACGGACCAGCAAGAGACUCCAGCUCCUCUGGGCAAAGUGAAUGACACUGGCUUGCAAGCCAACGUAACUGUCAUCGUCACUCCUGUGCCAACAAAUAAUGAUGUGACUUUAGAAGAGACAGAUUUGCUCAAUGACAGUGGACAAACAGAAGAGAAACACCGACCCCCAUCACCCCCUAACCCUUUCGACGAGAGUGAUGAGGAUGAAAAUGAACAAUCAACAGUAGAAGACACACUAACCAACAAUACGGAUAACGGUGACCCGCCCUCUAAACCUGUCAAUCAAAAUGAAGCCCUCGCCCGACCAGUUCCAGCACCUAGACGGGUUGCUGAGGCAAGCCCACCGCCCCGCCCUUCCCCACGGGUGAAGCUACCCCGGUCAGCAGAGAGCCUUGCAACUGGUGAACAUCAGAAGCCCCCCACUCCACCAAAACCUAGAGAGAGAUCCCAAUCACCAAGAAGCUUGUCCUGUGGCACGCAUAAACCCAAAGACCCACCCUGGCUUGCAUUGGUCCAAUCAGAAACCAAGAAGAAGAAACCCCCUCCCCCUCCCCCCGCUGGACUGACAACGCCUGCCAACACGGGCUCUGUGUGUUCUCUUAAAGAGGAGGGCUCUGGUUCCAGUCCGCCUACUGUCCCCUCAAAUCCAUUUGAGGAUGAUGACGAUGAAAAGAACGAGGCUGAGGUGGAUGAAGAAGGCAAUGGGAUUCCAGCUACAUUGGCAGCCAGUCAUCCAUGGUACAACAUCACACAGGUGUCUGAAGCCUCUGCUGUGGACACGACCCAGAGCACAGAAAACUCUUCCCGCUCAACUAGCCCAGGAAGUGCCAAAAGCAAGAAACGACCUGCACCUCGUGUACCGCUGCCACCUUCUGCUAACCAAGUUCUUCCCCAUUCUCAGCAUUCUUCUUGCUCUCCAGCUCUUAGUGUGGAGAGUUUGUCUUCUGGCUCCGACCACAGCUCCUCACAACCCUGUUCGGCCUCUGGUGGAGUCAGUGACCAGGAAACCAGUUUCACCAAAAGUGUCUCUGAGCCUUCCAUUUGUUCGCCCUCUAUCGCCUCACCUUCCUCCUCCUCCUCAGCUGAGCGGCUGCCCCAUUCCUGCCUGAGCUCCUUUACAUCUCCCGCACAGUCAAAUGCAAGCUCCGCACCAGCAACCCCACAAGUCAGUCGUAGCCAUGACACCAAAAUGACUGGACCUUCUCCACCACGUCCAACAACCUCACCCAGCCCAUUAGCUGCGGGCACCAGUCCAUCACAUAACAAGCCCAUUUGUAAGGAAAAUCCAUUCAACAGGAAAGUUUCUCCUUCUCCUACAAAAUCCAACAGAAAAGCCCCAAAGGGCCCACGCCCGUCCAGGCCCCCUGCUCCGGGUCAUGGUUUCCCACUUAUCAAACGCAAGGUGCAGUCAGAUCAGUACAUCCCAGUGGAGAACAUUCAUGGAGAAAUGAGUCAGCUGGAGAUCCGGCUAGAUGAGCUGGAGCAAAGGGGUGUGGAGCUGGAGAAGAAACUCAGAGACAACCCCAAUGCUGAGGAUGAAGAGCACCUUUUGGUCGACUGGUUCACACUCAUUCAUGAGAAACAUCAAUUAGUCAGGCGAGAGGCUGAGCUGGUUUACACGGCGAAGCAGCAGAACUUAGAGGAGAGACAGGCUGACGUGGAAUAUGAGCUGAGGUGUCUUCUCAACAAACCAGAAAAAGACUGGACUGAGGAGGACAAGAACCGUGAGCAGCAGCUGAUGGCCGAACUGGUUACCAUCAUUGAACAGCGUAACCAAAUAGUCAACAGCAUGGACCAGGACAGGCAGAGGGAGGAAGAGGAGGAUAAGUUUAUGGAAGCUGUGUUGAAGAAAAAAGACUUUCACAAGGAAUCAGAUGGAGACCAACAGAAGAAAAAAGUGGCAAAAUUCAAGCCCAUGAAGGUUCUGAAGAGGCUGAGCCACAAAGGAGAACCUGGAAAAAGCCCUCGUAAGGAAAACAGUUGA